AUGAUCCGACAGCUGCUCGUCGUAUGUGACCCAGCUCUUGACACGCUGGUGCUCGAACAGCGCAUCCCGAGUCAGCGCGGGCCCACGAACAUGUGGUCGAGCUCCUGCGAGUUCAUUUCGUACCGAUACGUAGGCGAAUCAGGCCACCGGCUGCGCGAAGGCGAAUUCGUUGAGGCCGCCGACGGUCAGCACGUGAGCGUCGGGGUCUUCGGCGAGGAUCGAGGCGACGAAAGAACUGGGUUGGGGUUGAGUGUGGAACUGAUGGAAAAGGGGCAAUAUCAGGAACGAACCCACGGCCGUCAUCUCCGCCUGCUCCCGUCUAUCUCCCACGGCUCCAUUAACAGGCGUUCGCGCAUCUCUAUGCAGCGACGAGCUGCCGCCAAGAGCUCUGAGAAGCCUUCACAGGGACCGAAGCAGCCAUCCUUGAUCGAGCAGCUGUUCCCAGAAGAGACGAAACGCUACGAAGAACAACAGCGAAAAGCCUCAAGCGAGGUCCCACGACUACCACUGGACACCCCCUUCAAAUCCUUCACCGAUCGAAACCUCGCCACAUCCGAACAUGAAAUCCCAAUUCACCAAAAGCUCAACGUCUUCAGGACCAGAUGCGUCGCCAAAACUCCGAGAACCUCGUCGCUGAAACUACCGUCCUCGUCCCCCGCAAUGCUAGCACCAAACUCAUGGAAGAAGACUUCAGCCGUCUGA